AGACAACUUUUUGCCGCAUUCUCACGAAAGAUUCCUUCUGAAACCCAUACCCAAAUAUGACCAUUUCACCACACUCUCAAACUCACUUUUACCGUAGGAUGUUCUAAUCUAGUUAAAAAUUUUAGUAUUUUGAACUUUGUGGGUCAGGAUGUUGUUCCUCGAUCAAGCAAUGGAUAUUCUUUCCAUCAUGUUAUUGGUGGGACCUCUUUAGAUCAUGAUCAUCAAAUGUCACGUGGAUCGUCCGAUUUCAUAGACCCAGCAGCACCUGCGCGUGUCUUAGCAACUGCCCUCUUAACGGUCAUGACCGCUCCGGCGCUUCCAUUCUUUAACACUGUUUGGCAGUGGGUCCCCCUUCCCUAUCUUUGAAGCGGGCAAAACCCGAAAUCCCAUAUGUAAACCCGGGGACAUACACGUAAUUCACUGUACAACCACGCGCCGCUCGAGCACGCGCGCCACGCACUCCAGCCAGGCAGAGAAAAACAGACAGCUCAUUUGGACCCGAAAAGACUUGGAGAAAGUUUGCAUAUAUGAAUAUUUUAUUACUUACAUAUUACACCCACUCAACCCUCUUCUUCUUCUUCUUCUUCUUCUUCAAUUAACGCUCCCCUGCUAAAAGUGAAGAAACACCGUUGCCAUUUAAAUAUCAUUUAGUUAUUUUAUUCUCUCUUUGAUUCUCUCUUCCGUGUAGUCUCUCUCUGCAUCUUUCUUUUGAUUAUUUUCAAUUCUUUCUUUUCUUUUCUACAUACCCAGAGUUCUAAAUUUAUUUGUUCGCGGGGAAUUUGUGAUUUUUCGGGCGAAAGAAAUGCGAAGAGCACCCGAAACCUGUACUGUUUGAAUUUGCAUUUGCUCUCUGUUCUCUGGUUCAAUCAAGAAGAAGCUAUUAAGGAAUAAGAACCAGACAAGGAGGGUAGAAAUGUCAAUAUACGACGCCGCAUUUCUGAACACGGAGCUCUCGAAGCCCACAUCGAUUUUCGGUCUCCGUCUCUGGGUAGUUAUCGGGAUCUUCUUGGGUUCUCUUAUAGUUCUUGCUCUCUUCCUCCUCUCUCUCUGUCUAACCUCGCGCCGCAAAAACCGUAAACUAAAUGUUGACCCCACCGCCAUAGCUAGCCCACCAAUCUCCAAGGAGAUCCAGGAGAUCGUACAUCAUCACCAGCCGGCACCAGAUCAUCACUACCCGACGCCGCCGGUGCCGGAGAUUCAGAUUGUGUACAGUGGUGUUUUGGCUGAUGGGACUCGAGUUGCUGUCAAGAAUUUGUUGAAUAACAGGGGUCAAGCUGAGAGGGAAUUUAAAGUGGAGGUAGAAGUAAUUGGCCGAGUACGACACAAGAAUCUGGUCCGGUUGCUUGGCUAUUGUGUUGAAGGUGCAUACAGGAUGCUUGUGUAUGAAUACGUGGAUAAUGGCAAUUUGGACCAGUGGCUACAUGGUGAUGUUGGGGAAGUCAGCCCUCUCACUUGGGACGUACGUAUAAAUGUCAUAUUGGGAACAGCUAAAGGAUUAGCCUACCUGCAUGAGGGUCUUGAACCGAAGGUUGUCCAUCGGGACGUUAAAUCUAGCAACAUAUUACUUGAUCGCCACUGGCACCCUAAGGUCUCUGAUUUUGGACUUGCUAAACUUUUGUGUUCUGAGAGGAGUUACGUGACAACUCGGGUGAUGGGAACUUUUGGUUAUGUUGCUCCAGAAUAUGCUUGCACUGGAAUGCUGAAUGAAAAGAGUGAUGUCUAUAGCUUUGGCAUACUUAUCAUGGAAAUCAUUUCUGGAAGAAACCCUGUAGAUUAUAGUCGACCACAAGGAGAGGUGAAUUUGGUGGACUGGUUAAAAACUAUGGUUGGAAACCGAAAAUCUGAGGAAGUAGUUGAUCCGAAGUUGCCAGAGAUGCCUGCUUCAAAGGCACUUAAACGUGUCCUAUUGGUUGCACUACGGUGUGUGGAUCCUGAUGCAACAAAGAGGCCUAAGAUGGGACAUGUUAUCCACAUGCUUGAGGCAGAUGACUUGCUAUUUCGUGAUGAGCGUCGAAUUGGGAGAGAACCGUCCAAUUCCCAUUGCAAUGAUCAACAGGCAAGCCAUACUGUUCCAAAGUUAGAUAAUAAACGACUGGACCAUCUAUCUUCUGAUACAAGUGAAGGGGAUAGUAGUAGGGGCCAUCAUCAGCCAGCUAGGUGGAGAUAAUGCAUAAAGAGAAUUAGGUACUAACAAGUUUAGGCCUAUCUGGUUUUAAAGUUUGUUUCUCAUUGAUUCUGUUUGCUCUAUAGUAUAUCUCUGUACCUUCAGUUCUCAAAAGCAAUAAACUGUAUUUCUUCUAGCUUAGCUUAGUAUUCUUUGAGAUAUAGCUUACCUCAUAAUGGGAUGCAAUUGUAUAAUUGAAAGAAUUCAUUGAUCAUUCUUAUAUUUACUGUAAUUUAGAUCAAUUUUGUUAUUUGUUUGUAAGAUAACUUUAUCUACAUCAGAUGGAAUGUUCAUUCUCA